AUGAUCGAGGUGGUGCUGAACGACCGGCUGGGGAAGAAGGUGCGCGUCAAGUGCAACGAGGACGACACGAUCGGCGACCUGAAGCGGCUGGUGGCGGCGCAGACGGGGACGCGCGCCGACAAGAUCCGCAUCCAGAAGUGGUACACCAUCUACAAGGACCACAUCACCCUCGCCGACUACGAGAUCCAUGAUGGCAUGGGCCUCGAGCUCUACUACAACUAG